UUUGGAGCAAACAUCCAGCAUCAUCCAGAAAGAAAAAAGACCCUACACCUCAUCUAAAAAGCUCGUCUCUGCCAGAAUGGGAUCUGCAGCAGUCCAUUGCGUCUGUGUGGCGGUGGGAGUCAUCGGGCUCAUCGGGGUCAUCAUAUGCUGCGCCCUCCCUCGCUGGAAAGUGUCGUCCCACAUUGGAUCCAACAUUAUAACUGCCCAGACGUCUCAGGAGGGCCUGUGGAAGGAGUGUGUGGUGCAGAGUACUGGACAGCAGCAGUGCAAGAGCUACGACUCUGUGCUGGUGUUGGCCUCCGACCUGCAGGCCGCCCGCGCCAUGACCAUCAUCAGCUGCAUGCUCUGCGUCAUCAGCAUCCUCAUACUGUUCUGCGGCGCCGACUUCACCACCUGCGUGCAGAACGAAGACGUCAAGCCGAAGAUCGGCCUGGUGGCCGCGGUGGGACUGCUGGUGGCCGGCCUGCUGGCCAUCAUCCCCGUCAGCUGGUUCGCUCACAACGUGGUGAGGAAUUUCAACAACCCCCUGGUCUCCGUUCACCAGAAGAGGGAGCUGGGCGCGUGCAUCUACCUGGGCUGGGGAGCCGGGGUGCUGCUGCUCCUGGCCGGAGGGCUGCUCUGCUGCUUCAGCAGGCCCAAAUCCAGCAGCUCAGGGGGAACGGCCAAGUACUACAGCAACAGCGCCUCCGCCCCCAACAAGAACUACGUGUAGUGGCUUUCUGAACGGGACUGGUGUCUGAGAGGAAGAGGGAGGGAACUUCAGCUGGAAGAAGACUGGGAAGCAUCAUGACACCACUGGGUGUUUUUAAAAACAUGUGUAAAUAGUUAAUACUGGCAGUGAAUCACUCAACUUCAAAAGUAUAUACAUUU